AUGAUAGCUUGCAUAGCGUCAAGGAUCGUGCCGGUGUGUUUGGGAGCGGUAGGGGUGAAGGCGGUGGUGGCGCAAAGUGAGGCGAGGAUAUUUUUUAGUAACUCAGUGGUGACUGGGGAUAUUUAUCCGCUGGAUUCAGAGGUUAGGGUUUGUGAUGAGUCUAGGAUGGGGGAUGUCGCGAUAGUGGAGUUGAGGGAAGAGGAUCGUGUUUUGGUUAAUCAUACUACGGAGAAAGAGUAUAAGCUUAAGGCUACUGGUGACACUGGGCCUGUUAUUGAUGCGUGGGAUUUUUGCUUAUGCUAG